AUAAAAUAUGUUAUUUACACAAUUUAAAGUGCUUACCAUAGUGGGCAUUUGGUAUCCACCAGACUGGACAUCAAAUUGGAAAAAAAAUUUUUACAAAUUAUAUUCUUUUUCAAUCAACAUAAUAAUGUUGACUCUCGGAUUAUCCCAAUUAUCCCGUUUACUUUUCGUGAAACAAACCUUCAAAGAAUUCAACGACACAUUCUUUAUUCUUUUAUCCACUAAUUUUACUUAUUUUAAAGCAACUUGCCAUAUAUUGAUUCGAAAGCGAAUUAUUAAUUUACUCAAGAUGUUUCAAGAAAAUUAUUGUAUACCUGACAAUGACGACGAAAAGGAUAUUCAGAAAAAAUACGAUGAUUUUAGCAGAAUUAUGACAUUGGCUCUCUUAACACUCGUUGAGGUCACGGCAUUUUCCAUGAUAAUUGCACCUUUUAACAAUCAAAGUGACCAUGAAUUAAUAUACAAAGUGCUAGUACCAUAUGACUUAUCGACUCCACUGAACUACUGGCUAACUUUCAUUCAUCAUACUCUUGGUGCAAUAUUAUUCGCCGCUGUUGCCAUUACAAACGAUGCCCUGAUCGCAGGAUUUAUGCUGCAAGUUUGUAGUCAGCUGAAAUUACUAGAGCACAGGAUCACAAACCUACCAUCUCACAUCCUUAAAGCGCGGGAACAGAAUAAAUCCGAAAAUAUUAUUCGAGGUUUAGAGAGAGAGUUAAUCAAACAAAAUGUACAGCAUCAUAAUCAUAUUUUCAGAUUAGCAAAAAUAGUAUGUAUGACGUUCAUUGAAAUUGUAAUUUGUCAAUUUUUCGUUAGUGGUUUCGCAAUUUGUGUGAGUAUUUAUCAGAUAUCCGCCGGAACGUCCAACAAAAUUGAACUAAUAACGUUCAUAUUUUAUUUAAUGUGCAUGUUACAACAAUUUUUUGUAUAUUGUUAUUUCGGCAAUGAAGUCACUAUUCAGAGCAAAAACUUUAACGAUACAGUAUUUGGUAUGGACUGGACCUCCUUAUCGAUCGAAUUGAAAAAGAAUUUAACUAUCAUACUCCUUCGUUCGUCAAAACCAAUCCAAAUGUUAUGUGGACCAUUUAUACAUCUAACAUUGGAAUCAUUUAAAACUAUUAUCAAAACGUCAUAUUCUGUUUUUAAUGUUCUUCAGCAAUCAGCUUAA